AGUAUGACAAGUUGGAGUUCCUGAGAGCCCUGUAGUAAAAUAAGUGACAUCCUCUCCAAUUUCCAAGGAAGAAAGUCCCCCACAUUUUUUGCCGGCCUCGCUGUUUGGAAGGCGUACUGCUUUACUGACUCCCUUUGACACUACGCAGUAGCCGCAGCGAGAAGCGUGGGGGUGGACAGAUUGAUAAACAUUGGAGCAACGGGGCCAGAUAUAAAAGAGGCUAUGCCGUCUCAUCCCCUCUGUCAUAAAUCUCUCUCACUCUCUCACUCAAGGUUCAGGCAUGCUAGUCAAUCCACUUCUCCCGGCCUUCGGUUCUCGACCAAUUCUUAGUCUGUGGUGCCAUCUUUUCCGUCAGUCGCGAACAUUGCCCCGGAAUUUUCACAUUUCACGCAACAUGAACGGCCACGGUGACCUCAACAAUUCUCAUGCCGCACGGCCUCAAGCAGAGCUUGCCCCAGACCCUGCGUAUCGCGGUCGGUCAUUCGCCAUUUCCAAGGACGAUGAUGAACCGGAGGUGCGCGAGCGCUACCGCCCUUUCCUACUGGAAGAGGAACAUGAAGCUGUCGACUGGGUCGCGCAAUUAGAGAUGAGUACGGCGCUGAAGAUGGUUGAGUCGGAAAUCAUCAGCCGGGGGCAAGAAAGACUACGCAUUCUCGUCCUGUAUGGAAGCAUGAGAAGUCGAUCGUACUCUCGAUUACUAGCCUACGAAUCCUCUCGGAUCCUCUUUCGUCUAGGCUGUGACGUCCGCAUCUAUGAUCCCGCUGGUCUUCCGCAAAAGGAUGAUGUGCAGCACACGCAUCCCAAGGUGCAGGAAUUGCGGGAGCUUAGCAAAUGGAGCGAUGGCCACGUUUGGAUCAGCCCAGAGCAGCAUGGAAAUCUGACCGGAAUCUUCAAGCAGCAGAUUGACUGGAUCCCGCUAUCGUCAGGUUCAGUUCGCCCAACUCAAGGUCGUACCCUAGCAGUUGCUCAAGUCAGCGGUGGAUCUCAGUCAUUCAACUCUGUCAACUCUCUGCGCAUCCUGGGCCGAUGGAUGCGCAUGUUUGCCAUUCCUAACCAGAGCUCCGUCCCGCAAGCCUAUACGCAGUUCACCUCGGAAUCUGAAGGCAGCCGCAUGCUGCCCAGUUCCAACCGUGAUCGCGUCGUCGACUGCAUGGAGGAGUUGGUGAAAUACACUAUGGUGAUGCGUCCUCAUUUCCACUUGUUUGGCGACCGCUUCAGCGAGCGCGAGGAACGAAGGGUCAAGUUGGUCGCUGAACAGAACGUUGACAAGGCAAAUCCGGCUGUUAAUGGAACUGAAGGCUCAUAAAAUACGGAUGGUAUUAGAGUAAUGGCAUAGGCUUAGAAGGAAUGGAAGCUAGAAGAAAACGACAUGGUGCCUGCGGAAUUAGUAGAUCAUGAAGUAAUGUUCGAAAGAUUUUGGUGUGUUAAUUUAACUACUAGCCUAUUGUGAUAUACUAGCAAUCGAUCGCAUCCCUGGAAG